CUCACCAUCUAAAGAGGAGCAACAGACCUGCUCCUGCUCCUGCUAUUCUUUGGCAACUCUUUGAGUUUGAGGGUAUCAAACUGAUGGCUAGUAGUACUGUUGCUGAAUCAGAAAUGGAAGAAGAAAUAAAAUUGGGAUCUUAUGGUGGAAAGGUGAGGGUGCUAAGACAAGAUGAAGAAUCAGCUGCUGCGGAAACCAUGCUCUUGUGGGGUAUCCAACAGCCCACUUUUUCAAAACCAAACUCUUUUGUCUCCCAAUCUUCUCUCCAACUCAAUCUUGAUGCUUGUGGUCAUUAUCUCUCCAUCCUCCAGUCUCCUUCUUCAUUGAGCACACCUGGAGUCACUGGUUCGGUCAUGUGGGACAGUGGUGUUGUGUUGGGGAAGUUCUUGGAACAUGCUGUCGACUCUGGCCUGCUUCUUCUUCAUGGCAAGAAGGUUGUUGAGUUGGGCUCUGGCUGUGGAUUGGUAGGCUGCAUUGCAGCUCUCUUGGGUGCUCAAGUAACACUCACUGAUCUGCCUGAUAGACUGAGGUUACUGAAAAAGAAUAUCGAAACAAAUCUGAGGCAUGGAAACGUGCGGGGCUCUGCAGUUGUUAGGGAACUCAUAUGGGGAGAUGACCCAGAUCAGGAUUUGAUUGUUCCUUUUCCUGAUUACGUCCUUGGAUCGGAUGUGGUCUAUAGUGAAGGUGCUGUGGUAGAUUUGUUGGACACAUUGGUGCAACUCUGUGGAGCCCAAACAACUAUAUUUUUGGCCGGAGAACUUCGGAAUGAUGCUGUCCUCGAGUAUUUCCUUGAUGCUGCGAUGAAGGAAUUUGUUGUUGGGCGUGUGGAGCAGACACGGUGGCAUCCAGAAUAUUGCAGCCCCAGAGUAGCUAUGUAUGUUCUGGUGAAGAAGUGAAUUGAGUCGUGGAUGUUCACUCGUUAAGGCCCCCAUCAGCUUCUUCUUUUUCGUGAUUGGGUUUGUUUCGAGUCCUCCUGGUUUACAAUCUUGUAAAUUCAACUAAUUAUUUUUCCUAGAAUCGAAAUUCAGUGAACAUAAAACCAAAAACAAUUCAGAACACAUCUGAUGGAGCUCAUGUCUCUGAAUUUGUGGGCUGGAGUUUCUUGACCGUAAAGAAAAGGAUAGUUGAGAUGCUCUGUGGUCAACAGGAUAGCAGUAAGGGAGUUUGCAAGUUUCUUGAGUGGAAGUCACAUGGCAACCAUCUUGAUGGAUACCCUAAAAACUAUAGCGCUUAUUCUAAAACCUUUUUGGUUUAAAGUUUAUUUUGAA